AAGAGGAAGGACCCAGAAUUCACUAGGCAGCUGUGAAUUCAAGCCAUUAAGUUCUAUAUUUCAAAAGCAAUUUUUAAAUUAUUGAUACGGAAAACCAUACAAGGUAUGCAAAGUUAGAUAAUACCGCCUAUAAGGCAGAUAAAAGAUAAAGGCUGUGGAAACCACAAGAGGCGGGUGAUUAAAAUACAACAACAAAAAUGUAAAUGAGAGGGAGAGAACGAGCGAGAGAAAGAGCUGAAGACUGAAAGAGAGCGCAUAUGAGCGAGAGAGAGCGAGAAAGAGGGGCUGUUCUCUUCAGCCAAUAAGGUGGAUGGAAACAGGUAACAGAGAUACAGCAGACAUCAAGAUUUUCAGGAUUUACCCUCGGGGCUGUUUUUAAUUUCUGUUCAUUGUUCACUGACUGGACUACCCUUUACUUCCUGAGUCAUCAUUUAACGCCACCCGAUCCAGUUAACUGUGCCUUAAAGCUGUGACCUGGCACUGGCUGAAAGAUUGGAAUAAACUCAAGAAGCGUGCUGCUUAAAUCUCUGCAGUGGCAUGUCAUGAGGCUUGAGACAGAAAGAGAAAUGAAAACAUCCUCCAAGCCAAACUGUUUCUCCUGUGGAGGAUACGGAUAAAGAAAAAGGAAUACUUGAUUUGUCAGGGAGACUCAACGGUCAGUCAUGAAAGUGGCAUCUUUCAACAUCCAGAGGUUCGGGGAGAAUAAAGUGUCAGACGGAAAGAUUGUCUCCACUCUCGUCAAGAUUGUAUCCCGUUAUGGAAUCAUCCUGAUCCUGGAGGUGGUCGACGCCAAAGGAACAGCCAUGAGGAAAUUUCUUCAGGAGCUGAAUAAGGCCAAUAAAAUGCAUCCCUACAAAAUGGUGAUGAGCUCACGGCUUGGCCGGAAAUCCUACAAAGAGCAGUUCAUGUUCCUCUACCGAGCGGACCUGGUGACGCUGACGGACACCUACCAGUAUGAGGACAAUCAGAAGGGGGACGAGGACGCCUUCGCCAGGGAACCCUACAUCCUGCGCUUUACCUGCCUGGACACAGUGCUGAAGGACCUGGUGUUGAUCCCCGUGCACACCAAGCCUGAGGACUCAGAGAAGGAGCUGGACGAGCUGUACGACGUCUUUCUGACCGUGAAGGAGAAGUGGAAGACUGAUGACAUUAUGAUUCUUGGAGACUUCAAUGCAGAUGGUGCCUAUGUGUCCAAGAAGAAGAUGAAAAAAAUCAGGAUCCGCAGUGACACAAACUUCCAUUGGCUGAUCGGGGAUGAUGUAGACACUACUGCCAAUACAGGAAAUGACCACACCUAUGACAGGAUCGUCGUUUAUGGAGAUGAUAUGUUGGAAGCCAUAGUACCAAACUCAGCCCAGCCAUUCGAUUUCCCCCAAGCCUAUGGCCUGACAGAAGACAUGGCUCUGAGUAUAAGUGACCACUACCCUGUGGAAGUGACGCUGAAAAGCACCGAGACAAAAAAGAAGAGAGAAAGCCCCCCACUGAACCCCAAACCAGUGGAAAAAGCCAGGGCAAAGAAGAGGAGAGAAAGCCCCCCACUGAACCCCAAACCUGUGGAAAGAGUCACGAGAGGAAGAGGAAGGCCAAAGAGCAAUGCAGCAGUUUAGCAUAAAGAGCAAUGCAGCGGUUUAGCAUAAAGAGCAAUGUAGCGGUUUAGCAUAAAGAGCAAUGUAGCGGUUUAGCAUAAAGAGCAAUGUAGCAGUUUAGCAUAAAGAGCAAUGUAGCGGUUUAGCAUAAAGAGCAAUGUAGCGGUUUAGCAUAAAGAGCAAUGUAGCAGUUUAGCAUAAAGAGCAAUGUAGCGGUUUAGCAUAAAGAGGAAUGUAGCGGUUUAGCAUAAAGAGCAAUGUAGCGGUUUAGCAUAAAGAGCAAUGUAGCGGUUUAGCAUAAAGAGCAAUGCAGCGGUUUAGCAUAAAGAGGAAUGUAGUGGUUUAGCAUAAAGAGCAAUGUAGCGGUUUAGCAUAAAGAGCAAUGCAGCGGUUUAGCAUAAAGAGCAAUGUAGCAGUUUAGCAUAAAGAGGAAUAUAGCGGUUUAGCAUAAAGAGCAAUGCAGCGGUUUAGCAUAAAGAGCAAUGUAGCGGUUUAGCAUAAAGAGCAAUGUAGCGGUUUAGCAUAAAGAGCAAUGUAGCGGUUUAGCAUAAAGAGCAAUGUAGCGGUUUAGCAUAAAGAGCAAUGCAGCGGUUUAGCAUAAAGAGCAAUGCAGCGGUUUAGCAUAAAGAGCAAUGUAGCAGUUUAGCAUAAAGAGCAAUGCAGCGGUUUAGCAUAAAGAGCAAUAAACAGGAAUCAGGACUCAUGUUCUUUCUCUUUCAGGAUGAUAAAAUAUACUCAAAAAUUAUACGCAUUUUUAAAAAAUGUUAGAAAACAGUACACAUAAUAUUCCAGAAAUGCAUUUUUUUGUAUAGAGCUUUUUACAAAGGGUAUUCUCACAAAGCAGCUUUUCAGAGAUCCAGGCCUGAACCCCCAAGGGCAUGCUCAGGGUGACAGUGGCAGGGAAGAACUCCCUGGCUGGUAACAGGACGAAACCUUGAGCAGAGCCCAUCUGCCACUGGCUGCCAACGGUUCACUGAAACAGGCGGAUCACAUAAUGCAUGUCAAUGACAAUAUGUAACUGAAACCAGGAGAAACACAUGUACAAUUAGGCCUAUAUUGUGAUUUUACCAUUCAUAAAUAACUUUAUCCAUGAUAUUGAUCCAUUUAUUUAAUGUUCAUUUUACUUUUAUUUUUUUAGAAAUGUGCUAAUGCACCCCUUUGUCAACUAUCGCUGUUAUGCUGAUGAGAAACAGUUGUGCAUAUCUGUUAAACCAAAUGAUCCCUAAACUCACUCGCACCUGUCUCACUGAUAUCAACUCGUGCAUAUCUGUUAAACCAAAUGACCCCUAAACUCACUCGCACCUGUCUCACUGAUAUCAACUCGUGCAUAUCUGUUAAACCAAAUGACCCCUAAACUCACUCGCACCUGUCUCACUGAUAUCAACUUGUGGAUGAGCAAAAACUUUCUAAAGCUACAUUAAGAAAAAAUAAGAGAUUCUCCUUGUAGGGUCGGAAAUGAAAAGAGAAAAACUGCCCCAAAGCUUGGCUGUUUGGUUUAACAGUCUAAAUCAGAAGUAAGGGACUUUGAUUUGAUUUCAGACUCUGACCUUAGUUUUAAUUCACAUUUUAAUAAGGUCACUAAGACCUCAUUUUCAUCCUAGGAACAUUGCUAAAGUGAGGCCUUUUUAACUCAUAAAGAUGCAAAAAAGUGUGUACAUGUUUUUAUCACAAGAAGACUGCAUUACUGUAAUUCUCUUUUUUACUGGGCUGCCAAAAAAAUCCAUGGAAAAAUUACAGCUAAUUCUGAACACUGUAACAAGAAUUUACACAAAAACUAAGAGGACAGGGAACACAUAACUCCAGUCCAUGCUGCUGUAUGUUGGUUACCUAUAGCUGUUAGAACUGAUUUUAUAUUUUAGGUCCUUUUACUUCUUUUAAAGCACUUAGCAGCCUAGCACUUUCAUAUAUCACAGAUUCCUUAUCAAUAUCCGUGCGAGAGCUCUUAUGUCCCCAAUGCUUUUUUAUACCAAAGGUCUCAUACAAAAAACUUGGUGAAACAGCCUUCUGUUUUUACACCCCUAAAUUAUAGAACACUCUCCCACAAGACCUCAGAAUGAAAAGGCUAAAGCCCAAUCUCUUUAAGUUGGCUUUUAAUGAACCCCUUCAAAGUUUUACUUCUUUUCUAAUAAUAAUAAUAAUAAUUAUUAUUAUUAUUAUUAUUAUUAUUAUUAUUUGACAUUAAUUUUUAUUCUUAUCAUUACUUAACCCCAUUCAGCAAUUUUAUCUGUACUGCUUUUAUUUGUAUUGACUGUAUUUUGAAAUGUGUUUUGCAUUACCUUACAUGGCUUGUAUUUAUGCUUGACUCAUUUAUCUCUAACAAUUUUAUCUGCUUUGAAGUACUUUGAGCUGCUGUCUGUAUGAAAGGUGAUAUAUAAAUAAAGUUUUAUUAUUAUUAUUA